AAAUUGCACAAUACAGUUGCUCUAAGCACUUGUACUUGCCGGCAUUAAUGUGAUAGUCUGUGCCAAGCACGCGCAUUUCCUGGAAAACUGUUUUUCGGCUUAACACACAAAAUGGCGUUUUAAAAAUUUGUUGCUGUUGUGCUCUAGGGCUUGAACUGUUUGUCACGGUACCGCGCACUCAGUUGUUUUCCAUCGUUCAUCGAAGCCACAACAUAACAUUGCCUGUCGGAGAAGCAAAAAUCUGCAAAAGUCUGCCCGAUGCUAAUGUGUGAUGUGAAGACGUCGCACGCCUUUAUCUGUGAUUUGCCAUGGCCGAGAAACAGCGUCAACUGCUGCUGGAUACGUUGAGCAGACUUUGGAGCCAUUAUCUGCAAGCGAGCGAGUGCAACGAUGGACCACAGUCAUCUACUGUCAAGGAGCACUGGCUGUGGCUAUUGCUGUACAACUUUCAGUUUUUAGACGAUGAAACUUUGCAGGACACCAAGUUCAACAGCCUUUUUAAUCUUAUGCCUGAGGAAUUGUGUUCCUAUUUACUGGAGCAAGUUUAUGAAAUUAUCAGUGCAGCUAAGCGCACCACAAAUACAAAUCAAGAAAACGAACAAGAGCCGGAUGUAAACUGCAUAAAAGAGCUCCGCAAGCAACACAACUUAGCACAGCUAAUACUAAGUACUCCCAGUGAUUGCAAUAAAAUCCUAGCCCUACGCACCUUUCUGACCAAUGAGUUGGGCCAACAUUUAUUGGACUUUUUGCUACGGGUGGACAUCAAGCACAUUGCUUCGCAGAAGAGUUUGUGCCAACUAUGUAUAAACCUAUUUCCUGACUGCAAAUGGAGCGAGACAAACUCGCCGCUCCAGCCGCUUACAAGUUUGUCUGAGUUCAUCGUUACUUUUCAUUUAACCACUCAGCGCAGCAAGACGCGUAAGCAACCACAUACAAACCACUCACAGCCACAUCAACAUCAGGAAGUAAAGCAGAAACAUUUGGAAUUAAAGCGCAUCAUAUCAAGCGCGAUUUAUGACGAUUUUGAAGGUUUCAAGAGUGCAAGUAAAUCAAGCGAUGAUUUGGCAUUGCUACUCAUUCAAUUAUUGACGCGCUGCAUCCAUGCCGAACGCGAUCCCAGCCUAAGCGUGGCUGUCCAUAAUUUCGCAUUGGGCCAUUUGUGCACCAGUGUCAAUGAUAAUGAAACCCUUGAUGCUAAUGAUGAGAUCAUCAAGUUUGAAUUGCUGCAAUUGAUUACCCAUUGCGUGAACAACUUCUAUGCGCAUGAGUUGCCACCCAAUGUUCUAGACUUCAAUGGCAAUUUCAGUCAGCUGCUAUACGCUUUAGCGGCAAAUAGACGGAGCGUCAUGUUGUCCCAUGGAAUUUUGUACAUUAUGUUUGGGACGCUGCACAAUCUGGUUGAGUUGCUGAGCGCGCAACAGGAACAGGAUGCGGUUAAGUUGUCCCAGAUCGAUGCCAGCAACUUCGAUGCCUGUUUUGAUGUCUUGCUUCAGCUACUACAGCCAUCGGCAUUAGCAGCUUUAUCGGAAAAAACCUUGUCGGCACAGCAGCUACUCUUUCUUCACAUAUAUAAGAUUUUGCUGCGCCUCACUGACAAUCUAGCGCGUCACGAACAGCAGUUGCAGUGCAUCAUGGAGAGCAGCAGCGUGUCGGGCGCGCAAUUAAAACAACAGCCGCCACGUCACAAACGCCAUCACAUGCGGCAAUUGCAUUGCACUGGCAAUUCACUGAGCUGCUACUUUCAGGGCAAACUCUACCAACUGGUGCCUCUGUUAUGCCAAGAACUUCAGGAGCUUUCAGUGAGCAGUUUGCACCGCUCCGGCAGCUGUUGCUGUCAUUACAAUGCUGCCAACUAUGCUAUCUGCCUGAGACUGGCCACACAGCUAUCGGGCAGCUAUCAAAAAAGUGCCUAUAAAUUUCUGAACCUCAACGUACUGCACACAAUAUUCGUACGCGCCUUCACCACCUCAUCGUUGAAAACACGCUCCGCGCUAAACUGCGUCAGUUGUGAUGAGAAACUAAAGUCGCCACAAUUCCACCGGGAGUUGCUACAAAUUUAUAAGACCAAUUUUGAAACACGCAUAGCUGCAUCAACAUUGGACACCAUUUCGAUGCUGCUGUUCCUCAAGCAUCUCAAGCACAUAUCGUAUUUGUUGACAUACGAUUUGGCGGCGGGUAUUUUGGCUGAAGUAGUGCUGCCGAUAUUUCGUCACUAUAAGACGCUUAGCACAAGCAUCGCCAGAAAAGUAAAAGGCAAUCAAAAGCUGCCGCCAUUACAUCUGCCCACUGAGAAUGACAAUCAGCGCGCUCUACACGAAUGCCUCAGCAUAUUUGUGAUGUAUUUAAGUGAUAUACGUCUGGUGAAGGCCUUUUACAACGAAGAAAACAUCCGACAUAUGGAAGAUUUGUUAAGCGUACCAGAACUGCAGCGCGGAGUUUGCGAUCUCAUUAAGGUGGGCAUUGAUAAUAUUGCAUUUCUGGGCGAAAAUAGUCAUGAGCAGAUAGUACUGAGUCGUCGUCUAAUACAAUUACAAUUAAAUAGCAGCAAUCGUGCCGCACAGCUAUUUCAUGCGCUCCUGCAACGAUGCAGCAAGCAGAUACCGUCGAGCAAAUGGCCCAUUUUCUGGUUAGAUGAGUCGCAGAUGCGUACACAGACGCUGCUGGAGGGUCACAAACCUGCCGAUAUACUCUACAUAACUACCUUACAGUGGACACUCAAUUAUGAGCUGCUCAAGACUAGUCAAUUCUUUUACAAUGAGUUUGCCAAAAUUUAUUCGAUACCUCUGACUGAUAACGACUCGGAAAUGGAGGUGGAGGAACAGGAACUGGAGCAGUCACCUAAGCUGAGACAUGGCGAUAAGACGAUCGUCGAUAUACUCAAAUUGAACUACAAUGCAUUGAGUUGUUACCUUCUGCUACCCACGGCCGCAUUGCGCGCAACCACAACGACGCCUGCAGCGACGCCAACUCCGAUGACGCCUCUACCUAUGAUCAAUGGCGGCAUCUGUACCUCAAGUUCAUUGGGAAUGCUCAUCUCGCCAUCUACGCCGUUGCCUACAUUCAGUGCGCUGUCAAUCUCCACAACGAACGCAACAAAUUCGCUUGCUGAUUCUACGCUCAACUACGCCUCUAUUACCGACAACUAUGCGCCCGACGCUCACUCUUUUCUGAAACGUCUUCAAGCCGUCGGUGAAACUGACGAGAGCAUUGUGCUCUUCGAUAUACGCGCCAACAACAUAGCCAAGAGUAGCAACAAGAAGCAGACUAACUCGCAGAAUAACAUCCGCAAAAACCACAGAGACAGCUUCGACUUUGCCAGUGACCCAUUUAGAGAGCCGGCGAAGACAUGCAACUUGGUGGCGUCAUCACAAGAUGACGUUGCCGCUGCCAGUCUUAUUGGCAGACUUUUCAACAUUGUCGGCGCGUUCUUCGGCGGCAGUCGCGCCAACAGCAACGAGUCGCUAGCACCGCACAUUGAUGCGGAUCUACUGUGUCUUUUCGAACCGAGUGGCGAUUGCAAGAAGUUGCUACUAAAACUCUUCGAAACGACCAUGGCCAUUUGCAUCAAGGGAUACCAAAAUGAGGAAGUGGAGAAGAUGCAGAAGCAUCUGCGGAAACUAAAGUCCAUUCUACUGAGCAAUGCGAGCGACAAUUGGAAGGAGCAUAGCGAGCAGCACGCCCGAGAUAAUACAAUAAUGCAGGCGCUGCAAACCCUACUCAAGAUUGCUGAACUCUCCAACACACACCACGAGCCAGCGGCCAUUGUCAGCAGCAGCGAUCUAAACACGGCCGGCACAUCUCCGUCAGCAACUACACAGGCGACACGUCCACGUGCCCGUUCAUUCAACAGCGGCAGCAACUGCGCCGGCGUGGAGCUCCCCAAGCAGCAACAGCUUUCACAAUCCCACUAUCUCCUCCGGCCCAGCACACAGCUGCCGGCCAAGAAUGCUAUGGCCACGCCGCCCACGCCCAGACGUCCUAUUUCGGGAGAAAGCGGUAACGAUGUGGAUUAUUUCUCAACGCGUGCGUCGCUCGUAUGUGCCGCGGAUAGCGAACUGGAGUUCAGUGAGAACGACCAGGAGUAUUAUCUAACUGCUGAUGAGGGCUAUGAAGCUGAUGGCGAAAUACACGAGAUGAGCGAAUCCGAGUGCGAGAUGAACGGGGCCGAUAAUGGCGGCGGUAGCGGUGGGAAUAACGCCGACAUGUGGCAUUCAUUUCAGCCUUCAUCCCGCUAUCGCACGCACAUCAUGCAUGAAGGCUUAAGUCGCCUAGUUGUCGAAAUACUCAUCGAACUGUCUAUGCUGUGCAUGCGCAACCCCAUCGGUUGGACAGAGAGUCUCACCCAGCUGGCUAAUCGAUUGUUUGUCAUACGUGAUUCGCUGGGCGGUCCUUUAUGCCUGCUACGAGGAUUUGCGCCUCUCUUAAGAUGUAAUGAUGCGCGCCUGAGAGAACUGCAACACUCCAUAUUGGAGCUGAUCACCCAUCUAAAUACACCCGAUGUUUUGCAGUGUUUCUUCAGCAUCAUGGCCUCCAAGCAACCACCAAUGGACAUACUAAUGAAGUACUUGCAUCACAUAACGUCAGGAUCGCUGCGCAAGGUACAGCCCUGCAUGGAAUUGGAAUUUCCACUCAUCAUUGACGGCAAAAUAAUUGGCACUGCUGAUCGUAACAUCAGCACUCAAAUCGAUCGAGUUCGCAACUAUCAUUUGCAGUGUCAAACGACGACUCUCUUCACACGGGCGCCCAUUAUUGUUCCGGUUACCCAUACACGCCUUUGGCAUAGCGAAGGUCUAACAAUAUCACUCUGGCUGGAGUUAAAGGGUCAACAGUUCCAUCGCAGCUGUACGCAAUUGAAUGACGAUGACACACGAUGUUCUGGUGAAGAUUUGACGAAAUCCCACAUUGUGUCGAUAGGCACUAAUCAAGCGAUGCUCAGUAUUUACAUAAGCAACAACAUGCAACUGGUAUUUGAAAUGGUCAAGCCCAAUGAGCAGUUACCCAUGCGCAAUUCUGCGAUGGCUGAGGAGCCCAUGGAAUUAAACUCUCCUCAGUCACCGCAACAACCACAGCCCGAUGAGCAAACCUUGAAUGCUAAUAACAAUGGCUUUCGUCAAGCUCUCAAACAAACUAAAAUGGCUUUGCUCAAUAGCAUUGGUCAGAUGCACUUUCUCAAUGGUAUUCAUGGAACGCAUGGCGAUGGCAACGAUGGCUGUGCUUAUUAUGAAGGGGCUAGCGUUGAAUUUAAAUAUUUGCGAUUGCCACGUAAUAAAUGGACACAUUUGCUGUUUGCGAUUGACAAUCAAGCUGAUAGUCUGUCCAUUGGCGUGCACAUGGAUGGUCUGGAGCAGCAUACAGUGGUGUUACCUUUCCAGAAUUUUCGAGUGGCCACACGCUCACACAGCUUUCAAAUGCUGGCCGUUGGCGAUGGGGUUGCGGCGCGCACUGGGACUGUCAACAACAACAGCCACAAUAAUUCGAACUACUGCAAUGAAUCGCGCUCCACUUUGGACGGCUGUGCGCCCCGCUAUAGUCUCGCCAAUUUGAUGCUAUUUAAGCGCAAACUCAAAGAACGCGCCUGUUUGCUUAACUUGACCGCCAUGGGACCGGACUUUACAGAAUUCACACAGUGUCAGGUGGCCAAUUGGAAGCCCAACUAUGGGUACUUAAAUUUGAGCAAGCUCAGCACGCCUAGUUUCGGCAACUUUGCAGAAGCUAUGAAGCUGUUAAGGCAGGCACGCGUUCUAGUCUACACAGCCCAAAACCCAGAACUGGUCAUGGGCUAUGACGCAAGCCAGGAACUGGACAAUGCUAACUACGGUCAGCCGUUUGGACAUAUUCUGUAUGGUGAGCUGUUGCAGCAACAACUACAAACACUACAGACGGCUACAAUGCUUUCCGGUGGAUUGCCUGCAAUGCUGUAUCUAUUUGCGAGGGUUGUCGAGGUCAGCAGCAAUGCCAAUACACAGGCCUUAGCCUUGAACCUACUACUGCACGUUGCGCAUUCAGAUACCCAACUCUACACGGAGUUUCAGCGGCAGGACUACAUGAGCCUCAUUGGCUAUGUCAUCAAAUCGGAACGCUGCUCCAAGGAUGUGUUGCUGUUGCGCAGCAUUUUAAACAAUGCCUGCUCACAAACGCUGAUUAACCGCAAGGGAGAUACGCUGCAUGUGGUUGAGACGACGAUAGCCACUUUGGUUUAUCCACAGCUGCUACUCGCCGUGCUGCAACGCUAUUCGGAUUGGCAUCGCUCUGGCGCCGAUCAUUCUGAUGUGUUGGAUAUGCUGUUUCGUAGCAUAUUGGCGCUCACUCGCGACAAGCAUCCGCAUCGCGACUUCAACAUGGAGCAAUUGCUAAAGGCAGGCCUAUUGCGUUCGCUGCUCAAUUUGUGCAAGGUUUAUGUGAUUGAGUCGCCCAAUCCUGUGCAUAUUUCAAAAUAUGCUGCCGAAUGCUUUGUACAAAUUCUGGCUGUCUUUGCCGGUUCACCGCCAUCGCCUUCACUUCUAGACGAGAUAAUGAAAUUGCUAUUGUUGUUGCAGAAGCCCAGCGAGUGUUAUGUUACCCACGAUCGCGCCAACUUUUACUUUUUGCUGACGCCACAACCUCCCGCACGAGAACGCUCUCUGGUGGCUGCCAAUUUGAGUCGCGUAACGACACCCUUUCGACGAAAUCCACUGCGUGCACAUCCGGGCGUGGCGCAACCAGCUCAAACCCCUGAUAUUGAUGCCCAAAGAGCGGAGAGGAUUAAGCGCUUACGUCGUCUGCAUGCAUCCGGAUCUGCCUACAGGCGCGCUAUUAACGAAUUCGAGGAGAAUUUGGAGAAUGUUGCAGACUGUUCAAAUUUAAAUAAGUCGGCUUUACGUCUGCUCAGUCCAGUGGAAGCGACGCGGUGGCGUCUGAAAUUCAAGCGUCAUCGAGGUUCCCAAUCCAGUCCAAAGAGCCACAGUCCCAAGAAGAUAGCCCGUCGUCGCGUGCAUGUGAAUACGUCGAGAACAUGGCAGCCUUCUAGUCAUAGCACGCCUUCAGCUAGCAACAACCACCACUCUGGUCAGAAACUAUCAGCUCAUCAUACGCUGCGGCACCCUGUUAAAACUGACUUCUACGAUUCAAUGGGCAUCAUCACAUUGCAGCGCGGUCUACUUACCCUGCUUAAGGACUUCCUGUGCCUGCUACCAGACUCGGCUGUGGACGAGGUGCUCAAACACUAUGUACGGCUCGAAUUCUUAUUGGUACUGUCCAAUCACCAGAGCUCUUCCGUCCGCACAGCGAUAAUAAGACUACUAUCAGCACUAACACAACGUCUAGCGCCCAGUGAGCUGCUCUCGGCUACCAAGCAACUUUAUCCCUUACAUCUGGCCAAUCAACUUACGAUACACAAUAGUGACGAGCAAAUGUUUGAGGCAUGCGUAGCCUGGGUCAGUGGCAUUCCUGGAAAUUUGGACACCUUUCUAAACUGUGACACCAAGCUGUGCAUACGUCAACGCUUUGGCAUCCAGGCUGUGGUGGCCAUUGCCAUGAAGAACAAUAAUUGGGGCAGCGAGGACCGUGUUUUUAAAACCCUACAACGCUUGUAUCUGCAUAAUCCCAACGAGCAGCAAAAUAUCAUCGAAGCUGGACUGCUUCAAUGCGCUGUUAAAGCCUUGCAUAAUAUAUAUUCGCUACGUCUCAGCGCAACGAACAUGAAUCAGGAUCAGGCCAUAGUCGAACUUCUGGGCAGUGUUGGCGAGAUAUCUCUUAAGUCUGUGGGACAAAUCAAUAUCGUGUGGGACAUAUUGAAUAUGCUCACAUUUUAUCAGGACAAGCAACCACCGCUGAUUGUUCGCAGUUUUCGUGCCGUACAGGCGCUUCUUCAGCUCAACUGGCUCAACAUGUUCUUCGUGCCGACGAACGUGCCUUGGAGCUAUCGGGUGACCACGCUGUCGGACUGCGCCCUUAGUCUGGCCGAAUGUCGCACGCGACUCGAGCUGCUGGUCGAUCGAUGUGCGCAGUAUUUUACAGCCAGCAAUUGCGACGCCAACUAUGUGGCAAGUGUACCGGAAUUGUCGCUAUUUGAGCUGCUCGUUUCCUAUGGGAUUUCGACCAAUCAGCGCUGCAAUAAUUUUAUAGCUUGGGGUCUGCAGCCGUCGCGACCGCGUGAAUUGCGCGCCUUUAUUGUGGACGCUCUAUGGAUCUCUUGUCAGGAUGACUCUCAACCCGCAAUUAUUUGCGAUGGCAAGAUGAUUAAGGCGCUGUUGUGGCUUAGCUUAUUGGAGGAUUUGGUGGAGCCAAUUGCCAAUUUGCCACGCUUGUGUCAAGUGUUGGGCAUCAAUGAGCACGACUCUACAUGGAAUCUGGAGCACGAAUUGGAGCGCAUCGAUGUGAAUCGUAGUAAUAUAUCGGCUAAGCAGAAAACAUUGCUGGAAAAGACGAUAUUUAAAUUUGAAGUGCUGGUGCAGCACAGCAUUGAAACAUCGAUGGUCACAACGCGACGUGUAGCCGAACUGCAGAAUGCUGAACGUAAGCUUCUCAUGUGCCACAUGAAGGACUACGAUGAUACAUAUACAUACAACAAAUGGUUGGAGAUCAUAAGACGGAUGACCCACGAGGGUGCACCCUGGUAUUCCAGCGAACGUGCCGAGUGCUCCUGGGAAUUGGAUGACACGGAAGGACCAUCGCGCGUUCACACGCGCCUCAGACGUUGUCAUUUGGAUAUUCCUAAACGUUUCUUUAUGACCGAGUAUCGCGGGCAGUCUCGGGCUUGCUCUGACGAAUCGGAUGCUCAUGUUCGUCCGCUGGAUUAUCUUAUUAGCAGCUACGAUCAGCAACUGAACAUAUCGCUUAACUCACAUAUACUCUACAAUUUUCCCGCCAAGUUGCUACCCAUUGAUGGGGAGAUUGACGGAGAAAUCAUUAUAACCGAUCACAAGCUUUACUUUUUGGCCACAUAUCGUUGUAAAUACUUUAACGUGAACUGUGAUAUUGCAAACAUUACGGAAAUCUGGCUAAAGCGCUACCAGCACCAGGAAAAGGCUUUUGAGAUAUUUCUCGACACGAACAAAUCGUUACUCUUCUCAUUGCAAAAUGCCGACGACUGGAAGAUAAUGUGCGACGUAUUCUGUGAUAAAAUAGUGACGACGCCGGACAACGGCAAGGUGCUGGCCAUUACUCAACAAUGGCGCGAGGGUCUAUUAACCAAUUGGGAGUAUCUGAUGACAUUAAAUCAAAUAGCCGGACGCACUUACAACGAUCUCAUGCAGUACCCGGUAUUUCCCUGGGUAUUGUCCAAUUACAAAUCCGACUUUCUCGAUUUGUGUGAGCCACAAAACUUUAGACGUCUGGCGCGACCCAUUGCAGUGCAGUUGGAGGAGAACGAGCAGCACUACAUUAACAACUAUACCUAUAUCAACAACACCAAUACAAAUAUGGGAUCUUUAAUACUGAAGCCAUACCACUAUAGCUCUCAUUAUUCGAACUCUGGCACGGUUUUACAUUUUCUGGUGCGUGUACCGCCCUUCACCACCUACUUUCUGCGAUACCAAGACAACAAUUUUGAUUUGCCAGAUCGCACAUUUCACGCACUGAGCACUACCUGGUGCCUGGCUAGCCGGGACAGCCCCACAGACGUUAAGGAGCUCAUACCAGAAUUCUUUUGCCUGCCCGAGAUGUUUGAAAAUUUUGAACGUUUUAACUUCGGCUUGCGACAAAAUGGUGAACGCGUCGAGGAUGUUCUGCUCCCAAAUUGGUGUCAAAAAGAUCCUCGACUUUUUGUGCUCAUACAUCGUCAAGCGUUGGAAUCGGAACUGGUGCGCAAUAAUCUCCACCAUUGGAUUGAUUUGAUUUUUGGUUACAAGCAAACUGGUGAGAGUGCCGUAGAAGCCAUCAAUGUAUUCCAUCCAGCAACCUAUGCCGUCUUUCUGGAGUCCGAAAUCAGUGAUCCCAUUGAACGUGAUGCUGUGCAUACCAUGGUGAAGACGUAUGGUCAAAUGCCACGCCAACUCUUUAAAUCGCCGCAUUCAGCAACUAAGGCAAUGGACUACUCGUUAGUGGACAAGCCCAUUGUGUCGACUGUGAAAGGACUUCGUUGGGGUGUCUAUGUUGGUUCACCACAGCUUAAGGCACAACCCUCACUGGCCGACAUUCGCAAAAUACCUGGCACCGAACGCCUAGUUAGCUUCAGCAAUACGAAUGUUGUGUAUGCAUUGCCUGCUCGUGCCUUCGUCAUGCAAGGUGCCGAGCCAGAUACAUACAAUGUGGUAUCCUGGGGCUACGACGACCGUCUAGUGCGUAUUCAGCCUUUAAACAAGCCUCAGGCGAAGCCCAAAAACCUGCUCCACAAUGGCAACUUUGAUGACAUCACCGCCUGUGGCUGCGAUGUUAACUGCAAUCAGUUAUGGCUGGGACAUAAGUCCGGACGCAUCAGCGUUUACAAAUGUUCGAGUGGUGUGGAAGCGCAACAGCGAGGCAACGGCACCAAGAGCCGUCAGAGUUAUGUACGCCUUCGCCUAUCUUACAACUCCGCCUUUCGUAAAAUGACUACGAAAAGUGUGGGAAAGGUCGAAACGGAACUGGAUCAUGACACUAGUGUGGGUGGUGGUGCUGCUGGUGCUGGCAUUGGCAUGUCAGCAUCUUGCGUUUCAUCUGUGGGAAGUACUUUGAGCAACAGCGAUGCCCUGCAACGUGAUGGCGCCGAUCUGAGCUGGGUUGGACCCACUGUGUUGGUGAGACAUUCGGAUGAGAUCACUUGCAUUACGCUCUCUGUGGAAUUUAAAAUUGCCGUGACUGCUGGCCGCGAUGGUAUUGCCGUCAUUUGGGAUCUCAAUGACUGGAGUUAUGUUCGCACAAUAGCGCGACCUGCCGAAAUCCAUCAGUCGCCGAUCACACACAUUGCCAUCAGUCCUACCUUGGGCGAUAUUGUCACCGUGCACACAUUGCCGCACCAAAGCGCAGAUACCGUUGAUGCGGCAGCGCAGUCUCCGCCCAGGAUGGCGGCCGAUGAAUGCUUCGAAGUGACCGAAGAGAGUCUCGAUGAUUUCGUGAAUGUCAACGUCAAUCCCAACGGUAAAUCCAUCCUACGCUUGCACUCCGUCAAUGCCCAUUAUGUACAGCAUUUGGUGCAUGAGGAUCGCAUACAGGCCGUUUGCUAUUCAUAUAUCAAGGAGGGCGUGGGAGUGAAUGUGAUUGCCACAGCCGUGGAGGGCGGAUUUGUACGCUUCUGGUCCAGCUGGGAUCUAAGCUUUGUGGGUGAACUUGUCACGGGCAUCGCACCUAUCAAAAGCAUCACAUACUCUACACAUCAGCACUUGGUGGUGCUCACACGCGAUUCUCACAUACAGGUUUGGGAAUCGGAAGGACUAUAUGGAAAUGCCCCAAAAUUUCCGCAAAUCGUGUAUAAGUAACAGCAUAGUGAACAACAAACAUUUAUACUCUUAACGCUAGCAUAUCAAUGACAGACACAUAAUGUUUCUGGGCUGCUGAAUCAAACAUAUUGAAUGAAUAAAAUAGAUCGGUAUUGUUAAGUUAUUAGCUUUAAGUAAAUAGUGCUGGAACUUCAAAUAUUUGUAACGGACAAAUUCUGUUUUAGUUUAGAGCCCGAAUGGUUAUUGCAUCAAUACCUGUGCUGCCUUGAAUUGUUAAUUAUAUCAAUAUGGAAAAAAGUUUUCGUUUGCCAAAUGUAAUUUCACAACUUUUCUAUUAAAUGUUUUAAACAAAA